AUGGCGAGGCGCGGAGCUCGGCCGUGCGCGGGCGGUCCCCGGGGCCCCGCGCCUGCCCCGCCGCCGCCGCUGCUGCUGCUGGUCGGGCUGGCGCUGCUGGGCGCGGCGCGGGCGCGGGCGCCCGGGAGCGGCGACUUCAGCCUGCACCCGCCCUACUUCAACCUGGCCGAGGGCGCCCGCAUCGCCGCGUCCGCCACCUGCGGCGAGGAGGCCCCGGCGCGCGGCGCCUCCCGCCCCACCGAGGACCUCUACUGCAAGCUGGUGGGGGGUCCGGUGGCCGGCGGGGACCCCAACCAGACCAUCCAGGGCCAGUACUGUGACAUCUGCACCGCAGCCAACAGCAACAAGGCGCACCCUGUGAGCAAUGCCAUCGAUGGUACGGAGCGCUGGUGGCAGAGCCCACCUCUGUCCCGUGGCCUGGAGUACAAUGAAGUCAACGUCACCCUGGACCUGGGCCAGGUGUUCCAUGUGGCCUAUGUGCUCAUCAAGUUUGCCAACUCACCUCGGCCUGACCUCUGGGUGCUCGAGCGGUCCACAGACUUUGGCCUUACCUACCAGCCGUGGCAGUUCUUUGCCUCUUCCAAGAGGGAUUGUCUGGAACGAUUUGGGCCCCGGACUCUGGAGCGCAUCAGCCAGGAUGAUGAUGUCAUCUGUACCACCGAGUACUCGCGCAUAGUGCCACUGGAGAACGGCGAGAUUGUGGUAUCCCUGGUGAAUGGGCGCCCUGGGGCCAUGAACUUCUCCUACUCACCACUGCUGCGUGACUUCACCAAGGCCACCAAUAUUCGCCUGCGUUUUCUGCGUACCAACACGCUGCUAGGCCACCUCAUGGGCAAGGCACUGCGGGACCCCACUGUCACUCGCCGGUACUAUUACAGCAUCAAGGACAUCAGUAUUGGAGGCCGCUGCGUCUGCCAUGGCCACGCAGAUGUCUGUGACGCCAAAGACCCCUCGGAUCCUUUUAGGCUGCAGUGUGCCUGUCAGCACAACACAUGUGGUGGCUCCUGUGACCGCUGCUGUCCUGGCUUCAACCAGCAGCCGUGGAAGCCGGCCACCACUGACAACGCCAACGAAUGCCAGUCCUGUAACUGCCACGGCCACGCCUAUGACUGUUACUACGACCCUGAGGUGGACCGGCACAAUGCCAGCCAGAACCAGGACAACGUGUACCAGGGUGGGGGCGUCUGCCUCAACUGCCAGCACCAUACCACUGGUAUCAACUGUGAGCGCUGCCUUCCUGGUUUCUACCGUGCUCCAGACCAGCCUCUUGACUCGCCCCACGUCUGUCGCCGCUGUGACUGUGAGUCGGACUUCACCGAUGGGACCUGCGAAGACAUGACAGGACGCUGUUAUUGCCAGCCGAACUUCACAGGGGAGCGAUGUGAUGCAUGUGCCGAGGGUUUUACCGGCUUUCCACACUGCUACCCUGUGCCCUCAUUCUCCCACAAUGAUACCGGGGAGCAGGUCCUGCCAGCUGGACAGAUAGUGAAUUGUGACUGCAAUGCCGCCGGGACCCAGGGCAAUGCCUGCCGGAAGGACCCACGGGUGGGACGCUGUGUGUGCAAGCCCAACUUCCAGGGUGCCCACUGUGAGCUCUGCGCACCGGGCUUCUAUGGCCCCGGCUGCCAGCCUUGUGGGUGCUCGAGCCCCGGGGCAGCCGAAGGCCUCUGUGACCCAGACUCUGGCCAGUGCUUGUGCCGCCCAGGCUUCGAAGGGGCUGCAUGUGAACGCUGCGCACCUGGCUACUUCCACUUCCCUCUCUGCCAGUUGUGUGGCUGCAGUCCUGCAGGGACCCUACCUGAGGGCUGUGAUGAGGCUGGCCACUGCCGGUGCCAGCUGGGGUUUGAUGGCCCUCAUUGUGACCGCUGCCUCCCAGGCUACCAUGGCUACCCCGACUGCCGCGCCUGUGCCUGUGACCCCCGGGGGGCUGUGGACCAGCACUGUGGGCCGGGCGGUUUGUGCCGCUGCCGCCCCGGCUACAUGGGCACCACCUGCCAGGAGUGCAGCCCCGGCUUCUACAGCUUCCCCAGCUGUGUCCCCUGCCACUGCUCUGCGGAUGGCUCCUUACACCCCGCCUGUGAUGCCCAGAGUGGUCAGUGCAGCUGCCGGCCCCGUGUGACAGGGCUACGUUGUGACAUGUGUGAACCUGGAGCCUACAACUUCCCCUACUGUGAAGCUGGCUCCUGUCACCCUGCUGGCCUGGCCCCAGCCAACCCUGCCCUUCCUGAGGCACAGACCCCCUGUACGUGCCGGGUACACGUGGAGGGGCCAAGUUGUGAUCGCUGCAAGCCAGGGUACUGGGGACUGAGCCCUAGCAAUCCAGAGGGCUGUACACGUUGUGGCUGUGACCCACGGGGCACGCUGGGAGGAGUUGCAGAGUGCCAGCUGAGCCAUGGCCAGUGCUUUUGCAAGGCCCACGUGUGCGGUCAGACCUGCGCAGCCUGCAAGGAUGGCUUCUUUGGCCUUGAUCGGGCCGACUACUUUGGCUGUCGCAGCUGCCGAUGUGAUGUUGGUGGCGCAUUGGGCCAGGGCUGUGAACCAAGGACGGGUGCCUGCCGGUGCCGCCCCAACACCCAGGGCCUCACCUGCAGCGAGCCGGCGAGGGACCACUACCUUCCUGACCUGCACCACCUGCGGCUGGAGCUGGAGGAGGCCACCACUCCUGACGGGCACACUGUGCGAUUUGGCUUCAACCCCUUGGAGUUCGAGAACUUCAGCUGGAGGGGCUAUGCCCACAUGGCACCCAUCCAGCCCAGCAUCGUGGCCAGGCUGAACGUGACAUCACCGGACCUCUUUCGGUUGGUUUUCCGAUACGUCAACCGUGGACCCACCAGUGUGAGCGGGCGAGUCUCUGUCCAUGAGGAAAGCAAGCUGGCCAGCUGCACCAACUGCACAGAGCAAAGCCAGAAGAUGACUUUCCCACCAAGUACAGAGCCUGCUUUCGUCACUGUGCCCCAGAGGGGUUUUGGGGAGCCCUUUGUGCUGAACCCUGGCAUCUGGGCCCUUCUUGUGGAGGCUGAAGGCGUGCUCCUGGACUAUGUAGUUCUGCUGCCUAGCGCCUACUAUGAGGCAGCUCUCCUGCAGCACCGAGUGACCGAGGCCUGCACCUACCGCCCUUCGACUCAGCACUCCGCAGAGAACUGCCUCCUCCAUGCCCAUCUUCCUCUGGACGGCUUCCCCUCAGCAGCUGGGCCUGAAGCCCUCUGUCACCAUGACAAUAGUUUGCCCCAGCCUUGCCCCACAGAGCAGCUCAGUCCUUCACACCCACCACUGGCCACCUGCCUGGGCAAUGACGUGGCCGUACAACUUGAGAUGACAGUACCUUGGCCAGGCCACUAUGCUCUGGUGGUAGAGUAUGCCAGUGAAGAUGCCCAGCAGGAGGUUGGCGUAACUGUACAUACCCCUCAGCAGGCACCCCAGCAGGGAAUGCUGACCCUCCAUCCCUGCCCAUACAGUGCCCUGUGCCGGAGUCCUGCCCUGGACACCCAACACCAUCUGGCCACUUUCCACCUGGAUGCCAAGGCCAGCAUCCGGCUCACGGCCAAACAAGCGCGCUUCUUCCUGCACAGCGUCACCCUGGUGCCCACAGAGGAGUUCAGCACGGAGUUUGUGGAGCCCCGGGUCCGCUGCGUGAGCACCCAUGGCACCUUCAGCCCUGGCAGCGCCGCCUGCCUGCCCUCCCGCUUCCCGAAGCCGCCACAGCCCAUCGUUCUCCGGGACUGCCAGGUCCUGCCACUGCCUCCCGACCUCCCCCUGACCCAGUCACAGGAGCUCACACCCGGUGCGCCCCCAGCUGGACCACAGCCUCGGCCCCCCACUGCCGUGGACCCCGACACAGAACCUACCUUGCUGCGCCACCCUCAGGGUACCGUGGUCUUCACCACCCAGAUGCCCACCCUGGGCCGCUAUGCCUUUCUGCUGCAUGGGUACCAGCCCGCCCACCCCACCUUCCCUGUGGAGGUGCUCAUCAAUGGGGGCCGCGUCUGGCAGGGCCAUGCCAACGCCAGCUUCUGCCCGCAUGGUUACGGCUGUCGCACGCUGGUGUUGUGUGAGGGCCAGACUGUGCUGGAUGUGACGGACAACGAGCUCACCGUGACUGUGCGUGUGCCCGAAGGCCGAUGGUUCUGGCUGGAUUACAUGCUUGUCGUCCCCGAGGAUGCCUACAGCCCCAGUUAUCUCCACGAGGAGCCCCUGGACAAAUCCUAUGACUUCAUCAGUCACUGUGCCACCCAUGGUUACCACAUCAGUCCCAGCAGCGCGUCCCCGUUCUGCCGAAAUGCCGCCACCUCCCUCUCUCUCUUCUAUAAUAAUGGGGCCCUGCCUUGUGGCUGCCAUGAAGUGGGUGCCACAGGCCCCACUUGUGAACCAUUUGGGGGCCAGUGUCCUUGCCGAGCCCACGUCAUCGGUCGUGACUGCUCCCGCUGUGCCACUGGCUACUGGGGCUUCCCCAGUUGCAGGCCCUGUGACUGCGGUGCCCGCCUGUGUGAUGAACUCACGGGCCAGUGCAUCUGCCCACCCCGCACCAUCCCUCCUGACUGCCUGGUUUGCCAGCCCCAGACCUUCGGCUGCCACCCCCUGGUUGGCUGUGAGGAGUGUAACUGCUCAAGGCCUGGUGUCCAGGAGCUGACGGACCCCACCUGUGACAUGGACAGUGGCCAGUGCAAGUGCAGACCCAACGUGGCUGGACGCCGCUGUGACACCUGUGCUCCAGGAUUCUAUGGUUACCCCAGCUGUCACCCCUGUGACUGUCAUGAGGCAGGCACCACACCCAGUGUCUGUGACCCCCUCACAGGCCAGUGCCAUUGUAAGGAAAAUGUACAGGGCCCAAGAUGUGACCAGUGUCGCUUGGGGACCUUCUCCCUUGAAGCUGCCAAUCCCAAGGGCUGUACCCGCUGCUUUUGCUUUGGAGCCACAGAGCGCUGCAGGAGCUCGGCCCAUGCCCGUCACGAGUUUGUGGACAUGGAGGGCUGGGUGCUGCUGAGCACUGACCGCCAGGUGGUCCCGCAUGAACGGCGGCCUGAGAUGGAGCUACUGCAUGCCGACUUAAGGAACAUGGCUGACGCUUUCCCAGAGCUAUACUGGCAGGCUCCACCCUCCUACCUGGGGGACAGGGUUUCAUCCUAUGGUGGGACUCUGCGCUAUGAGCUGCACUCAGAGACCCAACGUGGUGACACCUUCAUUCCUACCGAGAGCAGGCCAGACGUGGUGCUGCAGGGCAACCAGAUGAGCAUUGCCUUCCUGGAGCCGUCAUACCCUGCACCUGGCCACAUUCACCGGGGGCAGCUACAGCUGGUAGAGGGCAACUUCCGGCACCUGGAGACUCACAACACUGUGUCCCGUGAGGAGCUCAUGAUGGUGCUGGCUGGCCUGGAGCAGCUGCAGAUCCGCGCUGUCUUCUCCCAGUUCUCCUCGGCUGUCUCACUGCGGAGGGUGGUCCUGGAGGUGGCUAGCGAGGCCGGCAGGGGCCCUCCAGCGAGCAACGUGGAGCUAUGCAUGUGCCCUGCCAACUACCGUGGGGACUCAUGCCAGGAAUGUGCCCCGGGCUACUAUCGGGACAUCAAAGGACUCUUUCUGGGCCGAUGCGUCCCCUGUCAAUGUCACGGUCAUUCAGACCGCUGCCUCCCUGGCUCUGGGGUCUGUGUGGGCUGUCAGCACAACACAGAAGGGGACCACUGUGAACGUUGCCAGGCCGGCUUUGUAAGCAGCAGGCCUGAUGACCCGACAGCCACCUGCAUGAGCUGCCCCUGCCCCCUGGCAGCGACUUCCAACAACUUUGCAGAUGGCUGCGUCUUGCGAAAUGGCCGAACCCAGUGUCUCUGCAAACCGGGUUAUGCGGGGGCCUCCUGUGAGCGGUGUGCUCCUGGCUUCUUUGGGAACCCUCUGGUGCUGGGCAGCUCCUGCCAGCCCUGCGAUUGCAGUGGCAAUGGAGACCCCAACAUGAUCUUCAAUGACUGCGACCCGCUGACGGGUGCCUGCCGCGGCUGCAUGCGCCACACCACAGGGCCUCACUGUGAGAGCUGUGCCCCCGGCUUCUAUGGCAAUGCCUUGUUGCCUGGAAACUGUACCCGGUGCGAUUGCUCCCCAUGUGGGACGGAGGCCUGUGACCCCCGGAGUGGGCUCUGCCUGUGCAGGGCGGGUGUGGCUGGGCGACGCUGUGACCGCUGUCUGGAAGGACACUUCGGCUUCGAGCAAUGCCAGGGCUGUCGCCCCUGUGACUGUGGGCCAGCCGCCAAGGCCUCUGGGUGUCACCCCCAGAGUGGACAGUGCCAAUGCCAGCCAGGGGCUGCAGGACCUCAGUGCCGCGAGUGUGCCCCCGGCUACUGGGGCCUCCCAGAGCAGGGCUGCAGGCGAUGCCAGUGCCCACGGGGCCACUGUGACCCACACUCGGGCCGCUGUACCUGUCCCCCAGGACUCAGUGGGGAGCGCUGUGAUAUCUGCAGCCAGCAACACCAGGUGCCCGUGCCUGGGGGGCCUGGAGGCCAUGGCAUACAUUGUGAAGUGUGUGACCAUUGUGUGGUUUUGCUUCUGGACGACCUCGAGCGAGCUGGUGCCCUCCUCCCUGCCAUUCGUGAGCAGCUGCGGGGCAUCAACGCCAGUUCUGUGGCCUGGGCUCGGUUACACAGGCUGAAUGCCUCCAUUGCCAACCUACAGAGCCAACUCCGGAGCCCUCAGGGACCCCGCUAUCAGACAGAAGAGCAACUGGAGACCCUGGAGCAGCAGAGCGAGAGCCUCUGGCAGGACACCAAGCAGCUAGACAGCCAGGCCAACAGGGCCCGAGACCAAGCAAGCCAGCUGCUGGACGGCGCCGAGACCACCAUGGGCCGGGCACAGACGCUGCUGAGGGCUGUGCAGGCCAUGGACCGCGCCCUGAGUGAGCUGGCAUCUCAGAUGGGCCAUGUGUCUCCAACAAAUACCUCAGCUCCAUCUGGUGAGCAGCUACGCCAGGCAUUGACAGAAGUGGAACGGAUGCUCCGAGAGAUGCGAGCCCGUGACCUGGGCACCCCACGGGCCGUGGCAGAAGCUGAACUUGCAGAGGCCCAGAGGCUGCUGGCCCAUGUGCAGGAACAGCUGACCAGCCACUGGGAGGAUAACCAGGGGCUGGCCACACACAUUCGCAAUCAGAUUGCCAGGUAUGAGGCUGGCCUCAUGGACCUGCGCGAGGCCCUAAACCGGGCCGUCAGCACCACACGGGAGGCUGAGGAGCUCAACAGACGCAACCAGGAGCAGCUGGAGGAAGCCUUGCAACGGAAGCAAGAACUUUCUCAGGACAAUGCCACCCUGGAGGCUACUCUGCAGGCUGCCAGCCGCAUUCUUGCCAGAGCCUCGGAGCUUCUGCGUAGCAUGGACCGGGCCAAAGAGGACCUGGAGCACUUGGCGGCCAGUCUGGAUGGGGCCCGGACACCCCUGUUGCAGAAGAUGCAGGCCUUCUCCCCAGUUGGCAGCAAGGUGGACUUGGUGGAGGCUGCUGAGGCCCAUGCACAGCAGCUGGACCAGUUGGCACUCAACCUGUCUGGCAUCAUCCUCGGAGUCAACCAGGAUCGCUUCAUCCAGAGGGCUGUGGAAGCCUCCAACGCCUACAGCAGCAUCCUGCAGGCUGUGCAGGCUGCCGAGGGGGCCGCAGGCCACGCUCUGCAGCAGGCCAGCCGCACAUGGGAGAUGGUGGUACAGCGGGGGCUGGCAGCCCGAGCCCGGCAACUGCUGGCUAACAGCAGCGCCCUGGAGGAGGCUGUCCUUGGGCACCAGAAGAGGCUGGACUUCGUAUUGGGUGGCCUGCAGGCUGCCGGGAUGCAGCUCCAUGAUGCCUUGGUCAAGAAGGACCAGCUGGUGGCCCGGAUCCAGGAGGUUCAGGCCAUGCUGGCCAUGGACACAGGUGAGACCAGUGAGAAGAUUGCCCAUGCCAAGGCCGUGGCCACCAAAGCCCAGGACACAGCUGCUCGUGUGCAGUCCCAGCUUAAGAACAUGCAGAGGAAUGUGGAGCAGUGGCAGGGCCAGCUGGGGGGCCUGCAGGGCCAGGACCUGAGUCAGGUGGAGCGUGACGCAAGUGGUUCAGUGUCCACCCUGGAGAAGACACUGCCGCAGCUGCUGGCCAAACUGAACCUCCUCGAAAAUCGUGGGGUGCACAACGCCAGCCAGGCCCUGUCCACAAGCAUUGGCCGUGUGCGCGAGCUCAUUGCCCAGGCCCGGGGUGCUGCCAGCAAGGUUAAGGUGCCCAUGAAGUUCAAUGGCCGCUCAGGGGUGCAAGUGCGUGCCCCACGAGACCUCGCUGACCUUGCUGCGUAUACCGCCCUCAAGUUCUACGUGCAGGCACCGGAGCCAGAGCCCGGCGAGAACAGCGACUACUUCGUUCUGUAUAUGGGCGACCGUCAGGGCACUGGAGACUACAUGGGUGUAUCUAUGCACAACCAGAAGGUACACUGGGUGUACCGGCUGGGCAAGGCUGGCCCCACGGUUCUCAGCAUCGAUGAGAACAUCGGGGAGCAGUUUGCGACCAUCAACAUUGAUAGGACCCUCCAGUUUGGCCACAUGUCAGUCACAGUGGAGAAGCAGAUGGUCCACGAGACCAAGGGGGAUACUGUGGCCCCUGGCAUGGAAGGGUUACUCAGCCUGCAACCUGACAACUUUGUCUUCUACGUGGGGGGAUACCCCAGCAAUUUCACGCCCCCCGCGCCCCUCAAUUUCUCUUGCUACCGGGGCUGCAUCGAGAUGGGCACGCUGAACGAGGAGGUGGUCAGUCUCUACAACUUUGAGCAGACUUUCCAUCUGGACACCACCGCAGAGAAGCCCUGUGCUCGCUCUAAGUCUACCGGGGACCCGUGGCUCACGGACGGCUCCUACCUGGACGGCAGUGGGUUUGCCCGCAUCAGCUUUGAGAGGCAGAUGAGCACCACAAAGCGCUUUGACCAGGAGCUGCGGCUAGUGUCCUACAACGGGAUCAUCUUCUUUCUCAAGCAGGAGAGCCAGUUCCUGUGCCUGGCAGUGCGAGAAGGCAGCCUAGUGCUCCUCUACGACUUCGGCCUGGGCCUGAAGAAGGCCGUCCCGUUGCAGCCCCCGCCGCCCCUGACCGCAGCCAGCAAGGCAAUCCAGGUGUUCCUGCUGGCUACCAACCGCAAGCGAGUGCUGGUGCGUGUGGAGAGAGCCACUGUGUUCAGUGUGGAGCAGGACAAUGUGCUGGAGCAGGCUGAUGCCUACUACCUGGGGGGCGUGCCACCUGAGGAGCUGCCCCAGAGCCUGCGGCAGCUCUUCCCCUCAGGAGGCUCCAUCCGCGGCUGCAUCAAGGGUAUCAAGGCUCUGGGCAAGUAUGUGGACCUCAAACGGCUGAAUACCACGGGCAUCAGCUUUGGCUGCACUGCUGACCUGCUAGUGGGACGCACCAUGACUUUCCACGGCCAUGGCUACCUGCCCCUGUUGCUCCCUGAUGUGGCGCCCCUCACGGGCGACGUCUACUCCGGCUUUGGUUUCCGCAGUGCUCAGGAAAACGGCCUGCUGUAUCACCGUGCCUCCCGGGAUGGACUCUGCCAGGUAGCCCUGCAGCAGGGCCACAUGACACUCCAAUUCAUGAGGACAGAGGUGAAAACACGAGGGGUCUUCGCCGAUGGUGCCCCCCACUACGUCACCUUCUACAGUAAUGCCUCAGGGGUCUGGCUGUAUGUGGAUGACCAGCUGCAGCAGAUGAAGUCUCACCAGGACCCACCCUCCAUGCACCGGCCACAGGCUGAGGGACCCCCACAACUGCUCCUGGGAGGCCUGCCUGAGUCUGGCGCCUUCCACAACUUCAGCGGCUGCAUCAGCAAUAUUUUUGUGCAGCGACUCCGUGGCCCACAGUUGGUGUUUGACCUGCAGCAGAACAUGGGUGGCAUCAACGUGAGCACUGGCUGUGCGCCUGUUCCACGUGCCCAGACCUCCAGGUCCAUGGCUCAGAAGGCCUCACGCCGUAGCCGCCAGCCCAGCCAGUACACUGCCUGCACAUUACCCCAGCUCCUUGAGACCAUUCGGGAUGCAUACCAGUUUGGAGGUCCUCUGUCCAGUUACCUGCAGUUUGUGGGCAUCUCUGUGUCCCGCAGGAAUUGGCGCCACCUCUCCAUGAUCGUCCGCCCGCGUGGUACCCAGGGCCUCUUGCUCUUUGCUGCCCCACUGACAACCAGCAGCUCCUCAUUGGCGCUCUUCCUGAGCCAGGGGCAUUUUGUUGUACAAACUGAAGGCCCUGGGCCCCAGCUCCGAGUCCAGAGCCGCCAGCGUUCACGGGUUGGCCAGUGGCACAGGGUGUCUGUGCGCUGGGAGAAGCAUCGGGUCCAGCUGGUGGUGGAUGGGGUCCAAACCUGGAACAGAGAUGCACUCCGCCAUCAAGCCCGGAGGACAGAGGGUCCUCAGCCCCAUACCCUCUUUGUGGGAGGUCUCCCAGCUGGCAGUCACAGCUCCAAGCUCCCUGUGUCUGUGGGCUUCAGUGGCUGUGUGAAGAGACUGCAGCUGGACAGGCAGCCUCUGGGGCCCCCCACUCAAAUGGUGGGGGUCACACCCUGCAUCUCAGGUCCCUGGGAGGAAGGCCUGUUCUUCCCAGGCAGCGGAGUUCUCACAGUAGAGCUUCCAGAAGCCACGCUGUCAGAUGUGGGCCUAGAGAUGGAAGUACGGCCCCUAGCAGGCUCUGGUCUCAUCUUUCACCUAGGCCAGGCUCUGGCCCCACCCUAUCUGCAGUUAGAGGUGUUCCCAGAACAGGUCCUGCUGCGGGCAGAUGAUGGGGCAGGCGAGUUCUCCACGUGGGUGACGCACCCCACGCUAUGUGAUGGACAGUGGCACCGAGUGGCAGUGACCAAGGGCAGGAACACGCUCCGGCUCGAGGUAGACGCACAGAGCAACCACACUGUGGGCCCCACGCCAGUGGCCUUAGCCGAUGCUCCAGCACCUCUACACCUUGGGGGCCUGCCCAAGUCCAUUCUGGCACCGUCAGUGCCCCUGGCCUAUCGCGGCUGCCUAAGGAAGCUGGUGGUGAAUGGAGUCCCUGUCACCGUGACUGCCUCUGCAAGAGCCCAAGGGGCAGUGGGGGCCAGUGGCUGCCCUUCCAGGAUCCUAGCCCCAAACCGGGGUCACUCUGCACUGACACUUCUUCCCAAGCCUAUGGGCCAGGAAGAAACAAUGACUCAGCAGCAAGCAGGGUCCAGCAGGCUUUGGCCACCCAGUCGCAGUGCCCUCCGGCAUCACACGCGUGUCCUCCCCUUACUUCCACGUUAAAGUCUCCCACAGACCUAUGGGUGUUUGAUCAGCACUCUGGGUUCUGUGAGUGACAAUUCAUUUCUAGACAGAUGGACCACUGUAAAACUAGCCUGUGCACUUUGUACUUCCUGCCCCACCCAACUUCAGUACUGAGGUCUUGAAAAUUAAAAGUAAUUUGUUUAACUGA